GCCCCCCGCCCCGCGCCAUGAGGCUGCCGUAGCCGCGGCGGAGCCGAGCCGAGCCCGCACCGCCCGCCCGCACCGCCCGCUGACCCCAUGGCGAAGGAGAGGAGCAGGAAGGCGCUGGUGGAGCUGCUCCAGCGGCCGGGCAACGCGGCGUGCGCCGACUGUGCCGCCCCGGACCCAGACUGGGCAUCCCACAGCCUAGGGAUCUUCAUCUGCUUGAAUUGUUCAGGAAUCCAUCGCAAUAUUCCGCAAGUCAGCAAAGUGAAGUCGGUCCGUCUGGAUGACUGGGAUGAUGCUCAAGUGGAGUUUAUGGCUUCGAAUGGAAACAAUGUAGCAAAAGCAAAAUAUGAAUCCAAAAUGCCACCGUUUUAUUACAAGCCAACGUUUCUUGACUGUCAACUGCUGCGGGAACAGUGGAUCAGAGCCAAAUACGAACGAAAAGAGUUCAUUCACAGCGAGAAGCAGGAGCCUUACUCUGCAGGGUACCGAGAAGGAUUUCUGUGGAAGAGAGGACGUGACAAUGGGCAAUUCCUGAGCCGAAAAUUUGUGUUAUCGGAGAGGGAAGGUGCGCUGAAGUACUUCAACAAAAAUGACGCAAAAGAACCCAAAGCAAUUAUGAAGAUCGAACAUUUAAAUGCCACUUUCCAACCUGCAAAAAUCGGGAACCCACAUGGACUGCAGAUCACUUACUUGAAGGACAAUAGCACAAGGAACAUCUUUGUCUAUCACGAAGAUGGCAAGGAAAUAGUGGAUUGGUUCAACGCCAUCCGGGCAGCCCGUUUUCAUUACUUACAAGUGGCAUUCCCUGGAGCCAGCGACUUUGACCUGGUGCCAAAGCUUUCUAGAAACUACCUGAAGGAAGGGUAUAUGGAGAAAACGGGGCCAAAGCAAACAGAGGGAUUCAAGAAGCGAUGGUUCACCAUGGAUGACCGGCGGCUCAUGUAUUUCAAAGAUCCCCUGGAUGCCUUUGCUAGAGGGGAAGUUUUUAUUGGGAGCAAGGAAAACAGCUACAAGGUGCUGGAAGGACUCCCACCAUCCACGCAGGGAAACCACUGGCAGCAUGGGAUCACCAUCGUCACCCCGGACCGGAAAUUCCUCUUCGCCUGCGAGACGGAGGACGAGCAGCUGGAGUGGAUUACCACCUUCCAGAAGGUUAUAAGCCGGCCCAUGCUGCCUCAGGAAUAUGCAGUGGAAGCCCAUUUCAAACAUAAACCUUAGCUGGGACUGGCUGGGCAGACCUGAGGAGUGAGCUUCUGUUUACAAUACAACGUGGUUUUAUUUGAAAUGUUUAAAAUAAUGAAUAAUUAUAAUAACAGUAAUAAUUAAUAAUACUACUACUACUUCCCUUUCCCCUCAUCGUUCACUUGAUCAUGUCGGAAACCAAGGGUGGCAGUGAAACGUCAGAGAAAAGCCGCUGGUCCAACCCAAAACUCAUCUCUGUGGGAUGUGCAGCUGGGAUGGGGGGUCCUGUGGCCCCCUCACCCCACACCUGCCCAAAGGGGUGUCCCACCGGCUUCAGCAGGGUGGCAAACGCUGUUGGUGGCACAUCUCAGGGGCAGAUGGGGCUUCUUCCCCCAACCGGGUCUCAGGGGACUGGAGCUGAGCAUCCCCACAGCUCCAGCUCUCUCCAGUCCGUCCCAUGGGGAGCUGCACGGCCCCGAGUGGUGAUGUCCUCCUGGGAUCUGAAGCACCAACCUGGAAGCACCAACCACCCUAAAGCGAGACCUGGGAGAUGGCUGAGCCUGCCACUGGGUAGUGAUAAGUAAAUUACCCCAGCUAGGGAGUGGUGCCGAUGCUGUCCCUAGGUAGGGGCACAAGGCAUCGUUGGCCUCAUUACCUGAUUAAGGCAAGGCAGGGGGAGGGGCCCCGAGUCCCCCUCAGCCCUGCCAGGGGACAGACUCCGAGUCACAAAGGGAUGUGGGGGAAGCAAAGCUUUUGGGCUCAGGGCCGUGCAUUGCUCCCCAGGUCCUUCCUGUUUCAUGGCUUGGGGAGGGUGCCACACCAUUUCAGGAGCCUGCUGGGGGUUGGGGGGUCGAGUUAAGCUGCAGUUUUGCUGACAGACACCUGUCACAGACCCCCAGGCAGGCAUGUCCCUCCAGCCAAGGGCAUGUUGCUUCUCUAGAUGGGUGGUUGCACUUUUUCCCCCUUGUUUUUCUUCCCAAUACUUCAUUUUUUUGUUGUUGACUUUUUUUAAACUAUUUUUUCCUGAAAAAAAAGGCAAAGCUGCUUGAAGUGACGUUUCCGAGCUGCGAACAGCAUGCAGUUGCUGCUGGCGAGGCCGGGCCGAGGCGCUGGCACCUACACACCAUGUGCUGCAGAGGGUUUUUUUGACCCAAACCUGCAAUUUCCGGCGUUUGCUUAAGUCCCGCCCCCGGGCCCGGCCUCUUCCUUACGUUGGUGUGUGUAACCCAGAGCAUCUCAUCUGCCCUGUGCAUUCGUUCUGUCACUGGUAAGAGAACUGUGGUACUAAAUGUCAUUCGAACCAAUAAAUUAUUAUGUCGGAGCCGUGGCCGUGUGGUGCU